CACACAAAAUCUAAGUGUUUUUCAAUAGAGUCGCCAUCUCUUUUGUUUUCUGCCAAAGGAUACAACAUUAGUCUAUAGUUUUAUCUUCUUUUUUAAUUUUUCUCUUUCUUUGGCAUAUUAGAUGUAGAUGUAUAGUUUGUAUAGUAGUACAUGUACAUACCGAGACGAAAUUUAAUUCUGAUGAAAAAUUUGCUCAAACGGUUUUUUCUAAUUGCUCUAGUACGUCUAAAUAGUUAUUUUAUAUCGUUGAUUUUUAUAAUAAAUAAAUAAAACAACUAAAUUGUUAAAUAAAUUCAUUAAAAAAAAUUACACACCAAUAAUACUUUUUGUUUUUUUAUCGGAAAUAAAUUUAUUAUAAUAUAACAUCCGUGCACGUGCUCAAUCAUUAACUGUUAGAGUAACCAUUUUGUUAUUUUUCAAUAGGUUAAACUUUUAAAACGUAUAGAAUAAAAUAAAGUGUCUAAUAAUAUAUAAACGCAAUGCCACGAUCAACAAAAGAGUCAUCAGAUGAUGAAAAUGAUGCAAAAGCUGGUCGGCGAACAAAAACAAUUGGUAGUGUUUUGAAUGCCGUUACUGAUUCACCACUACGCCGAAGUACAAGAAAUAAACCAACAAUUUCUCCCUCUGAAACAGCUGGUGAUGCCAGCGAUGGCUCUUCAAUUAUUUCCGCAGUUAGUUCAGUACAAUCUGGAAGAAACACCCGUAGAAGAACGAUAACAACAAUAUCUGAGUCAACAACUACCUCUGAAUCGUUACCAACUCGAUCAUUACGAUCGAGAAAAACUUCAACAACUUCAACAACUUCUUUGGACAGUUUUUCUGUUGAUCCUAUUGUCGUUAUUGCAGACUGUGAAUCACAAAAAGACAAUGCCAAAUCCCGUAUUACUCGAAAAAGUACAUCAGCAGCAGUUUCUAAUGUUGAUACACCACCCGCUACUCGCUUCAGGCGUCAAAUUAGAGCUGGAUCAGAGUCGAAAACUAUGUCACCUAGUAACGCUGUUAGAACAACUCGGAGAACUAGAGCUAGCUCUGUCGAUUUGGAUGAGCAACGUGAUGAGGUAAAACCAAUUAUUAAUUGUAAUGUUAAUAAUAGUAAUCAGCACAGUACUCCUGUUAAAACACGAAAACGAGCUUCUGUUCUUCCAUCAGAACCAUCAGUUGUUGAAGAAGUAGAAAAUAUAUCACAAAACAGUCAUUUAAAAUCAUUAUCUACUGCAUCAAUAGUAGAAACAGAUGAUAAUAAUGAUAAUAAUGAUACUCAAAAUUUAGUACCGGUUAACAUAAAUAAUGACAGCAUAAGUCAACAACAGGAGCAGCUGAAAAUAAAGUUGGAUACAUUACAACAAAAUAUUAAUAAUUAUGAAGCUAUUGAAAACAAUGAAAACGAUGAUGAUGAUGAUGAUAAUAAUAAUGAUAAUAAUAAUAAUAAUAAUAAUAAUGAUGAUGACGAUGUUGAUGUAAAUGUUGAUGAUGACAGUCAUCAAGAAAUUCUUAAUCAAACAAAAUCAUCAUCACCCGUAUUACAACAUUAUCCGAGUACAGAUGAAAGUAAAACAUUGGAUAAAGAAAUGUCAAUAAUUAAUGAUUCAGAAAAAAUAUCAUCAUCUGUUACAUCAGAAAUUAAAUCACCCAUUAAAGAUGAUGGUAAUAGUUCAAAUAUCAAUCCAUUGUCCCCAAAAAUAUCAACUGUAAUUAAUCCAAAUGUUUCAUUAAAAUCACCAAUUCAUGAGACUAAAAAUAAUAAUUUAGUUGAUGAUAUCAAUGAAUCAUUGGAAAAAAGUCCAUCAGGAAAUAAAGAAAAUGUAAAACCAUUGUCUUCCAAUAAUAUUUGUAAUAAUUUUGAAUCUAUAACAUCAGUAUCAUCAGAUAUUAAAUCAACUAAUAAUGAAUCAAUUGAUAGUAUAGUACUUACAACGUCAUCUAAUACCACAACUAUUGUUUCAACAUCAGACGUGGUUGUCAACAGUAGUUUUGAUAUCGAUACUACUCAACAAUCAAAUAAUUUAAAUUCUUCUCUAUCAAAAUCAAACAGUCAGCAAAAAAAAUGUAUUUUAGAGUCAACGGAUAAACAAGAUUGUAAUAUUAUUAAUUUAUUGUCAGAAUCAAGUACAGAAGAUGUAAUUUUAGUAAAAAAUUCACUAAUUGAAAAAAUUGAAAAAACUAAAGCAUUACCAGCUGUAUCAACAUCAACGGAAAGACCAACAGAUAUUACAGAUGAAUCAGCCAAUAAAGAUAAUACUGAUAUACCUUUAUCGGUUUCAUCACCUUUAUCACUAUAUAUUAAAAAUGAUAAGGAGCAAAAUAAUGAUGAGAUUGAUUCUAAUAAAUCAAUUCCAUUAUCACCGACAGCUGCCUUAGAAUCUGAUAAAAAAAUUAAGAUUAAUGAGGAAUGUAAUGUAGAAAAUGAUAAUGAAAAUGAAGAUAUAGAAAGUUUAUUCUAUGAUAUUCCUGCUGAUGAAUGGAGUGAUGAUAUUGAAGUGGCCAAAUCUCCAGUAGAAAUUGAAAUUAAAAAAGUAUUACCUGAAAUACCUGAAAUACCUGAAAUACCUAAAAUAACUAUAUCCAAAAGUGAAACGAAUAAUCAACAAUCCAAUAUAGUAAAUGAUAACAAUGAUAAUGAUAAAUCCGCUAACCUUGAUAUUGAUCUUAAAAAUAAUAGUGAUAAUAAUCAGGAAAAUAAAAGGCAAUUACAAGAUAUAGAUAUAGAUUGUAACAAUGAUUCAAAUGAAACAAUUAUCUUAACGCAAAAUGAUAAUCAGACAUUGAAAUUAUAUACUGAAAACAAAAAUAAAUUUACAAAAAUUCAAGAAUCAAUGGAUAUUAAUAGCGAUGAAGAUAAUGAUACAGAAAUAGAAUCAGAUCUUGGAGAAAAUAAUAAAAAUGUACAUUUAUUGGGAUCAAAUGAAACGAAAAAGCAAAAACAACAACAUAUUAAUAAUAAUGAAAAUAAAUCUGAUAAUGUUUCAUUAUCUUCGCCGUUGUUAAAUGAAAAUAAAAAUAAUAGCAUUAAUUUAUCUGAAAAAAAUUCUUCACCGUACCGUAAAAAAGGUAAUAAUUCUGAUAUAACUGGAGAAUUAUCAUUGUCGUCAUCGUCAUCGUCAUCAAUAUUACUUGCUAAUAAUAAAAAAAAUAUUAAUAUUGAAAGUAAACACUUAUUAAGAAAAUCAUUAGAUUCAGCAAAAUUAAUCAUGGAUAAUGAUAAAGCUAAGACAUCAAAUAACACUAAAAAAAAACAAUUAAAUUCCACUAUCGAUUCAAGAUUAAACUUAUCAACCAACAGCACUGAACAGCAUAAUAACAGCAAUAUUGAAAAUAAUUUAUCAAUUAGUGAAUCAGAAAUUAAAGAUAAUGAAGAUAAAUCAUCAAUACCAUUGAUAUUGAAUGAAUCUAAUAAACAAAAUUCUUCAUCAAUUUCGUUAAAUAGUAAACAACAAGAAGGAUCAGUUUACCAAAAUGAUUCAUUUUCUUCUGAUAACAAAUUUCAUAAAAAUUAUAAUAAAAUUAAUUCUGAUUCAGAUAAUAAUAAUAAUAAUGAUGAUGAUGAUGAUGAUGAUGAUGAUGAUAAUGAACAUGGUAAUAAUAUUAAAAAGUUGUUGCUUAAACAUAAUGACAUGGUAUCAUUACUUACGGCUUCUUUAACAACUUUAUUAAGAAGAGAUAUGAGUUUAAAUCGACGAUUAUUUUCAUGGUUACUUGGUACGGAAAUUAAAAAUAAUGAACAAAGUGAAAUAAAAUCAACAAUUACAAUAGCUAGCGAUAAUACACUUACAUCAUCAAUAGGAAUAACUAUUAAAAUAGGAGCAACUGAUAACACAAUUACUGUAGUUGAUCAAUCAACAUAUUUUGAUUUAUAUUCUAAGUAUUUAUUGAUUGAAGCACUCAGAUCAAUAAUGAAAAGUGUAUGUUGUGACAGUCAAGAAGAAUCACCAACAAUAAAGUUAUCAUUGGACGUUAAACCAUAUAAAAUAUUAGUCUCAUUAUUAGAUAAACCUGAAAUUGGUCCGUUAAUAUUAGAUGAUAUUUUAUAUGAUGUCUUUCGUACAUUUUAUAAUAGUAUUAUGAUAAAACAAAAAAUUUCAAUAGAUACUAAACGUUCAAUAACAAAAUCUUCUCACCAUCAAGAAAUAAUAAAAUCAGCUAAUUUAUUAUUUUCAAGUCAAUUAGAACCGGCUUAUGUAUGGCGAUAUUGUGGACAAUUGAUUGAAAAAGUAUGUAUAAUCUAUGAAAAUGAAUAUCAACAGAAGAAACAAAAAAAACAAGAUAUUAAUAAUAUUAAUAAUAGUAAUAAUAAUAAUAAUAAUAAUAAUAUUAAUAAAGUACAAUCAAUUGGAAGUGGUUUACCAAAUUUAAUGGAAUUGUGUAUUUUAAUAGAAUUUUUACUUGAUAAUGUUGACACUACUUUUUUUGGUGAUGUACCAUCUGAUCAUUUACCAGAGCUUUUUUAUAAAAUUAUAAAUCAAUUAUUGGAGCGAUUAUAUAUUUUUAAACCAAUUGAAAUAACUCAAAGUCUUGUACUUUGUAGUAAAAUUUUAUCUAAAAUUCAACCUAUGAUAAUUGCAGAAGGUAGAGGAGGAAGAGGAGGAAGAGGAGGAAAAGCAAGAGAAGAAAAACAAGAAAAAAAAUUAACAAAUUCUCAACAAAAUAAACAAGAUAAAUCUAAAACUGUUAUUAAUAAUAAUGAACCUAAUAACAAACUAUUAAAUUUAUCUGUAUCGACAAAUAAUUCACUUAGUAAUUGUUAUAAACCAAAUUCUAAUUCAACUACUUCAAACAGUGUAUUUACAUCACUUGAAAAAAGUUUGUCUGACAGUAAAUUAUAUCAAACUAUUAAAUUAUCAAUUAUUGAUGAUAAUUUAUUGUUACCAUUAAAAAGAACUAGAGCUGAUUCUGGUGGUUUGUUGAAAAAAAAUGACAAAAAUAUAAUUAAAAAAAAAUCUAGCAAAAGCACAUCAAAAAUAAAUGAUGGUUUAUUAAAUAAUAAUACAGAACCAGUUAUUGAUGAUGAUUCAUUUAUUGAAUUUAAUUCUAAAAAAUUACUAUCAUUGUCGUCAUCAACAUCGUCAUCAUCAUCAUCGUCAUCGUCAUCGUCAUCGUCGUCGUCGUCGUCGUCGUCGUCGUCUUCUGCAUCGUCGUCAAUAAAAAAAGAAACGCUACAAUCACACAAUUAUUGCUGUUCAUCAGUGCUAAGCAAGUGUCUAAACAAAUAUAAAUCAUUUUACGUUAAAUUGAUAAGUGAUAAAAUUUUAUUAUCUCAAUUGAAAUCUCAUAAAACUAUAAUAAAUAUAUUUAAAACUCUUGUAAAAACAUUAAACAAAAAAAACAGUGAAACAAGUUUAGAGUCAAUACUUAAUUAUCAUCUAUUGCAAGAUAAAGUUGAUAAAUUAAAUUCAGUUUCAUAUAAUAAAAAUAAUAGUGAUUCAUUACCUGAAACAAUGACAUCAUACUUGAAUUUUUUAAAGAAUUUUAAUGAAGUAACAGUAAAUACGACAAUGGUUGACUUGAAAUGGAAACAAGUUUUACAAGUUGCUUCUAAAUUACUAGUUGAAUUAUCGACUUUUUCAAUAUGUUUUCAAGAUUCUGAUAAUAAUAAUAAUAAUAAUAAUAAUAAUAAUAAUAAUAAUAAUAAUAAUAAUAAUGAUGAUGAUGAUGAUCAUCAUCAUCAUCAUCAUGAUGAAAAUAAUUAUAGUAUAAAAUUAAAAGAUAUAGAAACUAAAACUCCAAUUAAUUCAGUAAUAAUACCAGAUUGGCUUCAAGUACUGGUGAUAUGUUGUUGUUGGUUAAGUAAUGAACCAUCACUUCAGCUUACAAGUAUUACAACUUUAAUAGAUCUAUUGGCAUUAACUUAUAACAAUAAUUUUUCAUCAUCUAAUUCAAUUAAUUCAACCAACAUUGCUGCUACAACUGCUACUGCUGCUGUUAAUAAUAGUAGUACCAACACCACCAACACUACAACUUGUGUUACAAAAGUUAUAAUAGUUCCUUUAUUAAAAAGAUGGCAUAUUAAUUAUUUGCUUGAUAAUACAAAUGUUUUUCAAAUUUUAUCAUAUUCACUGUGGCAACAUCUUGAUAAACUUGCACCAUAUAAAUAUCAUGCACAGUGUGUUGAAUUAUUAUAUGAAUUACAUUAUUUAUUGUACCAGUAUCAGUCAUGUGAUAUCGUUGAAGAUAUUAUUGGAUUAACAUUAGCUGAAACAAAUGCUGAUUAUGAUAAUGGUGAUGAUAAUGAUAAUGAUAAACAAGAAAGACAAGUUGAAAUUUUCAAUCGAUUUGCUACUCUUUGGCAUCUUGGACGAGACAUUCGUAUUAAUAAUUCAAUAAUUAUGAAAAUGGGAUCUAAUAAAUCAUCUAUAUCAUCAUCGUCCUCGUCAUCAAUAUCACUGACAUCGUUACCAUUAUUAUCCUUUAAUAAAUCAUUAUUAAAAAUAUUAGACAAUCUUCAAUUACAAGAUAAUUCUCCAUUAAAAUUACACGCUCAAUCAUGGCUCCAUCAUUCACUUAUACGUGGUGAUAUAGCUCGAAUAGUAGAUCCAGUACUUUUAAUGUUACUCGAUUCAUCUACUUGUCGUAUGAGUGUACUUUAUGUAAAUAUUCAACAUAGUAAUACAAUAUUAUCGAUAACUAAAAGCAAUAAUGAUAAUAAUAAUAUUAAUCAACAAAGUACGAGAUCGACAUUAUUAUCUACUAAAAAAACAACUGUUAAUAAAACAAUAGAUGAUGAUUAUAAUGAAAUUGAUAAUGAUGAUGAUGAUGAUGAUAUAACUACUGAUGCUGCUAAAAUAUAUGCUAUUAGUUCUGUAGAUGGUAAUGUUAUUUAUCAUGUAAGUAACAGUAUUAGUAAUAAUAACAUAAUAGAUAAAAAUAAUAAAAAAAAAUUACAAUCCAAUAAUUAUCAAUACCGACAAACAGGACAACACCAAAAUAAACAAUUAAUAACAAAUCCAGUAAAUGUUAAACGGAUUUUUGCAGUAACAACACUAGUAACUACAAAUUCUUCAAGUAGUAGUGGUCAACAUAAACAACAACAAUAUAUUACAAAAAAAAAUAAAUUUAUUAAAGAGUUAAAAGUACCUCCUAGUAUAUCAAAUAAUCAUCAUAUUUCAUUAUUUGUUAAUCCAAUGACAAAUAUAAAAAAUUCAUCAAUAAAAAAAGUAGUUUCCGAUGAUAACGUCGAAAAAAAUUGUGAAGAUAAUGAUGAUGAUGAUGAUAAUAGUGAUGAUGAUAAUAGUGAUGAUGAUAAUGAAGAUGAUAACAAUAAUGAUGAUGAUGAUGAUGAUGAUAACAAUGAAAAAGAGGAGGAAAAUGAAGAAGAUUAUGAAAACAAUAGUAAAAUUGUGAUCAAUAAUAAAAAUAAUAUUAAAACUACAAUGAGAAUAAGAAAAUCAAAUUUAAAAAGAACAUCAUUUGAUAAUGGUGACAUUGAUUGUGAUAAAAAAAUUGACAAAAAUAUUGUCGAUAGUGUAUCAUUUAAAAAUUCUAAUGAUAAUUAUAUUAGUGGUACUAGCUUUGAUGAACGUAUACUCAAGUCAACAACAGUAACUAAUAUAAGUAAUAAUAAUUUACAAAAUGAAUCAAAAAAAUUGAUAAAAUGUUCAUCCUUAGAUUCAAUUGAAAAGAAUAAUAUUAUUAGUACGCCUUCGAUAUUAAAUAAAGAAUUUAAAAAAGGGUCAAAUUCACAUAUUACACCAAUAAAAAAUAAUAAUUUUUCACGGCAAGUAGUAGCAGGAGAUACACUUUUAAAAGGAAAGUACAUUAGUAAUAAUGAAUUUACUUCGAUUUAUCCAACAACAAUAACAACAACAACAACAAGUGAGUCAAUUUCGUCAUCCAUACAAUCAAAUACUAACAUUUCUGGUUGGGCUAUAGGUAAAAAUAAUAAUCAUGAUAAUGAUGAUGAUGAUGAUGAUGAAGACAAAAACGAUAAAGGUAAUGAAUUAAAUCUUUGUUUAACUGCUGAAGAGUAUUUUGAUAAAAAUAAUUCCAGUAUUAUUGUUGAACAAGUCUUGAAUGAACUUAUAGACAAUGUAUCAGAAAUUUGUAAUAAUAGUGCUGACAGAAUAGAAGAUAAUACUACUAAUCUAUAUGGAAAUUAUAAAAAAAAAUCAAUUAUAGAUGAAAUAAAAUUAAAACCUAAAAAUUUGGAUAAAAUUAAAAGAAAAACAGCAGUAGACGCAGCAGAAGUAACUACAACAACAACAACAACAACAACAAUAACACCACCACCAAAUUCAGCUUACAGUGUUCAAGCACAAAUAGUAUUAGCUGAAAUAUUAGCGCCACUUUUAGAUAUUGUAUAUGGUGCUGUUGAUAAUAAGGAACGUGUUAUAACAUUAUUGACAAAUUUGAUGUACAAUAUUACUCCAUAUUUACGUAAUCACACGAUAAAAAAUAUUCCAUCAUUUAUUGCUUGUUCACAAUUAAUAAGUUCAUUAUCAGGUUAUCAAUAUACACGAAAAUCUUGGCGUAAAGAUGUUUUAGAUUUAUUGCUAGAUUCAUCAUUUUUUCAAAUGCCCGUUGAAUGUAUAUCAUAUUGGAAAAUAAUUGUUGAUAAUUUAAUGACACAUGAUACCACCACAUUUCGUGAUUUAAUGAAUCGAAUAUCAUCAAGUAUAUCACAAAGCAGUGGUAUAAGUUUAUUUUCAUCACGAGAACAAGAGUAUGAGCAAAGAGCACAAUUAUUAAAACGAUUAGCAUUUGUAAUUUUAUGUAGUGAACAAGACCAAUAUCAUAAAUAUAUACCAGAUAUACAAGAACGACUUGCAGAUAGUCUUAGAUUACCUCAAGUUAUUCCAACAAUUCAAGCUCAAGUAUUUUUAUGCUUUCGUGUACUUUUAAUACGUAUGUCACCUCAACAUACAACAUCAUUAUGGCCAGUUAUUGUAAGCGAGCUAGUACAAGUAUUCCUAUAUAUUGAACAAGAACUUGGUAGCGGUACUGACACCGAAGAAUUCAGCCGCUGUAGCAGUUCUCAUAUUAAACUUUUAUCAGCGUUGGAUUCUUCAUGGACAGUUAAUGCCAACAAUGGAUUGCUAUUGGGUCAUGGACACCCUCAUUGGUUACAACUACAACUGGCAGCAGCUAAAUUAUUAGAUUUAGCUUUACUUUUACCAGCGCAUAAGCUGCCUCAAUUUCAAAUGUAUCGAUGGGCUUUUGUCGGCGAUGUCAAUAAUGAUAAAACAAAAUAUUCUAACAACGAUAUCAUGUUAAAUCACGAUUUUGUUCCUCAUAUAUUAAGAAUUGCAAAAAUUAUGAAUAAGAAGUUUUCGUCAAAUCAGCAUUCAUCACAGGAAAAAAAAAUUUUAGUACCAGGAAAACUUAUAUUGACAACAAAUAAAAUCAAUUCCUUAGAAGAUCUACACUAUUUUUUUACUGUUUUAAGUGAAAAAUCUAAUACCGAUAAUCGAUUAGAUACACCAGUUAAUAUUAUGGAUUUAGAAUCAGUUAUUGAACAGGAUUUCCUUGAAACAAUGUCAUUAUCAUCAUUGUCAACUUCUUAAUAGUAAAUUUAUUUAUGUAAUUAAUAUAUUUUAUACAGGUUCUUUUUAAGUUUUUAAUGAUGAAAAAAAAAAAAUAGAUAUUAUUUAAUCAUCAAAUUGAUAAAAAAUGUUGACAUGAAAGU